GUGGUCUGGUGUGUUUAUGCCGAACGACGACAUAGUUCUGAGAAACGCAGGCAGCCAUCUUACUUCCUGAAAGCAACAGGAAACGUCGUCCUAGAUCAUCUAUUUGUGCAUUAAUCAAUUUAAAAGUGUCAGGGAACAAAUAAAUGGGUUCUCACACUUUUCCUUUGAUUGCGGUACAAGUAGAUGAUCAGGUCAGGAUGCCACCGAACAUUAACAAAUGUGAUGUCAUUAAAAGUGAAUUAGCUGGGCUCUACACAGAAGGUGGUCGCAUAGAUCUUGAAGAAGUUGCUAGUGUUGUACAAAGGUACAGCGGUACAAUAAUUCCCCUAAAAAAACCAAAGAGUUACAGUGUUCGAGUGUGUGGGCAGGAUGACACGGUCUAUGGUGGAAAUGAGGAACAGCUAGAAGCCUGGAAAGAUUUCUACCUACCAGAGAGAAUGGAAAUGGUGGUAAUUGGUGCGAUUGAUGAUUUUCCAUGUGAUGCGUUUGGCCUGCAGUUAGUUCUCUUGUUGUGUGAAGACGGAAAUAUCUAUGCUUAUGAAGAUGAAGUUCUCCACCUCGUAGCAAGAAAUGUAAAGGAGCUGUUUGAAACUGGCCUUACCUUUCCUGGACUUGAAUGCUACAAACUGGGGGAAUGUUUCGAGGACUAUACAGAAGAAGAAUACACUGAAAUCAUGGAAUCUGAUGAAAUGAAGAAAAUGAAACGGGAGCACCACAAUUUCCGCGAAUCGUUAGAGCUUGAACUACUGGAACUCCUUGAGGACUCUCAAAGCACUGAAUUUAAGGGUGAGGAGAAAAGCACGGUCCAGCUCAAGAAAAAUUCAAACACAAAAAAAGAGUGUUGGGAGGUGGUUGUUCGCAAAGAUAUGCAAAUUGUUCCUGUAUUUGAGAACUCAAUAAUGGUUAAAUUAAUUAGGUACUGUAAUAUCAGAGACCACAUUUGUUGUAAAACAUAAAGACAGUUGACAUACUUCACUUCCAGAAAACCACACCUGGAUGACUGAGAAUCUUCUGAGAAUCGACUGAGUUUAAAAUUUAAGAAUGAAACAUUGAAUGUUGAUACUUUUAUGAUUUCUGAACAGCAAUGUUUGGAAAAAACAAAAAGUGGUCACUGACUUUUGCACAAUACUGUAUGUAUAUAUAAUCUCAACUUUUGAACAUUUUAGUGGAUUUCACCUGCAUGCAAUUUAAAUAUUAUGUGAUAAAUACACCUGUUCUUGCAAGGCUCCAGAGUUUGAUAGAAAACAAAAGAAAUUUAGAUAAAAAAAAAAAAAAGAAGUUGAGUUUGUUUUUUUCUGGUGGCCGAUCGCCAGUGUUUGCACAGACGGGUCCCAGUAGGCAGCAUCGUCUGUAGCGCAAAUGGGCACAUCAGGCCGAGCUCAUAGUGAAUAAAAUGCGUUUACAGCGUCUACAUACUAUAGGCUGUUAGGAGCUGCUGAAACAUUGGAGAGUGAGGAGCCGCAGCGAGUUGACUGCAGGUAAUGGUAGCGCGCAUGUGUCAGGGUCCUCAGGUAAAUCUUAUGUAUGUGGGCAGAGCCUCAGGUAGCCUCUAGUUAAAACUAAGAGCUAUUAAAACUCAUCCAGGACAUGGUUCUGCAAAUUAAUCAAUUAGGGUUUGCUGGUUU